AUUCGUCCAGAAAAUUCGAUCGUGGCACAGUCUCAUUCGUCGUGCAGUAUAGUUCAUCGAACAUUUCUACAGUGGCGCCGCCACCCGUACGUCAGUACGAACUCGCUGUAGUUCUGUGGUGGAGGUCACGUGAACCAACUUUUCCUUGGUUGGCAGACAUUUUCUUUCCGAGUUGACAUCGUCGUCGAUGAAAUGCGUCGUUUUCGUCGAGAUGUCUACUGCGCCCGUCGCGUCGAGAGAGAGUUUUGAUCGAGCAAGAGAGAUAACAUUGACGGAGAGCGUGAACGACCAAAGCAAAACGCAGCAGCAGUAGCAAGCAGGCAGCGAAUACAAGAAUCAGUCAGUAUAGUGAGAGCGAAUCCGUAGCCAGCUAAAAAGCGUAGAAGUAGCGCUCGUGCUGCCUGUGGAGUAUCAGCGACAAAAUUCAGAGCAGAGCACAGCAAGCAAGCAAGGCAAAAGCGUAUACCGUGUACAGCAGCAGCAGCAGGGCCCACCAUCAUCAUAGGAGAAGUGUGUGUUGUUCGCCUCAUCAAACAGCCGCCAUUUUGACUUCGUUCGCGAUUUGGUUGGUGGAAAGGUUUUUCGCUUGACCGUCGGAGGUAUUUUCGGCGUCCCGAAACCGUUCUGUCCCGGUCCGGACCGGCUUAAAUCGACGCGCAACAACAUUUCCGUUCGUUUGAGACCUGUUCCGGGUGUCGGUCCGGUAGUGAAAUUUGCCGAAAAAAGCGAUCGAAAUUUUGCUUCAUUUCUCAGUGCUGCAUAUACCGACGACGUUGUUCGAACAUCGAGCCUCUUUGGGACGGUCGAUCGUCGACGGGCCCAGGUGUAGAGGAAAAAUCGUCGGUAGACGGUGGCAAGCAGCACAAAAAUCGAGAAGACGAGAGAGUUGCGGCGCGUUCGACGGAAAAAAAGUCUGCUGCCCAACAGAGCAGCGCGCGGAGUAUUUUGUGUAGUAAGAAAUCGGAUUCGGGACACAGCAAGGUUCAACCAUUUUUUUUCGCUUGAACGCAAAGUGAGAGAUUGUUACUGUUUUUAGGUUGAAGAAAAAAUUAAACGAGAGGAUUAACUGGUGAAUAAAUGUAGUUCGAUGAAUGCUGGAACGGAACUAAGAAUUGAACUGUUUUGCUGUGCAAACUGGCAACAUGUGGCCAUUCGGUGUGUAUCCUCGUCGAAAAGCCACUAAGAAAAAAUAAUCGAACUCAGGCCUGCUCAUCCGUUGAAGGGACAGGAACAUGUGUGUUUACGUUUAUCCAGUACGAAGGUUUGGCUCAGCAAAAUCGUCAAACAAGUGCGGCGCCUGACAGCGGCCAGGCGGCAGCAGUAUAAACAAUUGCCCGCACCGCAGGUGACCGCAGCAAUAGCUCAAUAGUAACAAACAAAAAAAGUGUGUGAUUCGCCCAAAGUUUGAUAUUUACACGCAAAUUGUGACGUUUCGUUGUUUUGUUUAUAAAUCGCGAGUUCGGCUAUGUGUGCUGUCUCGCACAACCGCUGAGCGUUUGUGUUAUUUUCGCUCCGUCGUCGUCGUCGUGUGCCUACAAAAUGAAGCGUAAUUUUCUCGUUCCGAUGGCCCAGCGCCAUGAAAGCAGAGACAGCAAAGUAGUGUAAAAGUUCCGACACGGGGAAAACUGAACCGAAUAACCCUUCCGGAGUUCUUCUUGAGGAUCUUCCCAAAGGGAAAACCAGAGCGGCGCAGAAGCAGUGUCCGCAGACAAGUGGAAUCGUAAACAAUGGGUGAUCAUAUGGAUGAACCACCGCUGAAGCGAGCCAAGAUUCGGGAUGCAUCCGAAGUCAUCUCGACUGUCGACCAGAUGUUCGAUCUGGAGAGCCACCUCCCGGACGAGCUGAUGGGCGACAACACCUGGGUGGAUUCGCUGAGCGGUGGUAACAAGCCACCCGGUCCCGGUCCGGGACCACAGAUGAACGGUGGUGAUGACCCAGGUGGAACAUCGACCAUGGCCCAGCUAGCUCUACGCCAGCAACAACAGCAACAACAACAACAACAACAGCAACUGCAUCUGCAGCAACAACAGCAACAGCAGCAUCAACAACUUCAUCACCUAAUGCAGCAGCAGCAGGGCAACAAGAAUAUGGCCGGUCAACAAAUUUUAGGCAUGGGGCCGCUAGCCAACAAAAGUCCCAAUCUGCUACCGAUGAAUCAAAGUAUGGCGAAUAAUGUGGUGGUAGGUGGAAUGGGCGGUGGGGCAUUGCUCGGUAUGAACAGUAUUGCGCAGAGCAACGGAGGUGGAACGAUUAUUGGCAACAGUUUGGGUUUGAGUGGAGGAGUUAUGACCGGCGGUGGAAUUGUGAUAAAUAACAACAUGAAGCAAAGUGGUCCGAAUCCAGGACUGAUGCAUCAGAUACCAAACUCAAUGCAAAAUGGACCAUUGACUAAUCAAGGACGAAUAGGCAUGCCGGGACAACCUGGGCAGCACAUGGCCCGAGGACCCGGAGGCCACAUAAACCAAGGACUGCGUCAGUUGAUGCAGAAUCAUAACGUGAGUGGUAUGGCGAAUCAAAUGAACCAAAUCAGUGGUCCAGGUGGUCCGUUCGGAGGCUAUCAACAGCCGAACGUGAAUGUAAUGAAUGCAGGAGGUCUUGCACCGGUACGUGGAUCUCCGCCUACAAUCAAUCGAAUGCCAAACAUGGCCGGAGCGAGGAUGGGUAAUCCUCUUGGGGGCAAUUUAAUGCCCGGUGCAGGCAUGGGUAUGAAUGUAGUGAACGAAGGAGGUGUGGCCGCUCAAGCGCAGCCACCAACGCCUUCUCCUGCUCAACCGCAAUCUGGAAAUCCCACAGCUCAAAUUCGACCUCAAACGGCAGCACAGAAUCAACCAAUGAAUCAGAUGAAUUCUGCUGUUGGAGGUCCUGGAGCACCUGGGGGUCAACCGGGAGGUCCUCAACCGGGUCCAUCUCAGAGUGGUCCCGGUAAUCCCCUCCUGGCAGAUCCCGAGAAACGGAAACUUAUCCAACAACAACUAGUACUGCUUCUACACGCUCACAAAUGCCAACGAAGGGAAACGGAAAAUCCUAACAGCAACAAUUGCACGCUUGCACACUGUCGAACCAUGAAAGAUGUCCUCACGCAUAUGCAAUCCUGUCAGCUUGGGAAGAACUGUGGGAAAACUCAUUGUUCCUCUUCGCGACAGAUCAUCAAUCAUUGGAAGAACUGCCAACGACAGGACUGUCCGGUUUGUUUACCUCUCAAGGAUACCAACAAGUACAAGCAGAGUCAACAACAACCCGGACAGCAGCAACAACAACAACAACAGCAGCAACAGCAACAACAACAGCAGCAGCAGCAACAACAAAAUCAACAGAAUCAACUCAAAAAUCAACUACAGCAAGUUGUCGGUCAGGAUUCAGCCCAAUCUCAAUCCGGACCGUCCGGUCCGAAUCAGCAAGGUCAGCCAGGACAAAUUCCCGGUUCUUUCAAUCAACUUGGAUCCAACCAAAUCCAAUGUCCCUCCUCAACUGCACCAAAUCCACUGCCCGGUAAUGUUCAAAUGCAAUCGCAGGUUGGCCAGCCAGGAAUGUCCGGUCAGCAGCAGCAAGGUCCGGGAGGACCACAAAUGGUUGGAGGAAUGCGUAAUUUGCCACUGGGGGUAAACCAACCGCAAGGUGCCACGGUUCGAAUGAUGAUUCCUCCCAAUCAGAUGAUGGUAAACAAUGUCCUUCCGAAUGCCACCAGUGAUGCUUCCAGUGUUGGUCCCCAGGGACUGCCCGUUACCAGUCAAGCCCCGGGAGGAUCUAGCCAAAGUGUAUCCCAAAUGGCCGCUGCUCUCCAGCAGCAGCAACCCAAUGCUCAGUUACAACAGCAGCAACAGCAACAACAAAAUCAAUCUCAAACCAUCAUUCCAUUGCAAGGCAACGUCCUGUUCAAUCAGGAUGGCUCAGGACCCAUGUCACAGCAACAGCAGCAGCAGCAGCAAGCUGGUGGUGGACCGAACGGACCGGCACCGGGUCCAAGUGGAAAUUUUUCCGCAAACCAAAUGCUUGCAGCACCCGUCCAAGGCACCAAAGAUUGGCACCAUUCCGUUACCCCGGACCUCCGGAAUCAUCUCGUGCACAAGCUGGUACAGGCUAUCUUUCCAUCGCCCGAUCCUUCCACCAUGUUUGACAAGCGGAUGUACAAUCUGGUAGCGUACGCUAAAAAGGUUGAAGGUGACAUGUACGAAAUGGCAAACUCUCGAUCGGAAUACUAUCAUCUGUUGGCAGAGAAAAUCUACAAGAUUCAGAAAGAGCUCGAAGAGAAACGACAGAAGCGAAAAGAGCAGCAGAUGCAACAACAGCAACGGCAAGCUCAGGAACAACAACAGCUCCAGCAACCCGGUGCCAAUGCGCAGAUUCGGCCAAUGAAUCCGGGAAUGCUGGGAGGACCAAACAUGACUGCGAAGAAUGUCAUGCAAAUGCCACUCCAAGUCGGACCGAAUAUGUUAAAUCAAAACCAAAAUAUCAUGCAGCAGCAGAACCGUAUGCCUUUGAAUGCUGGCCAACAACAGCAACAGCAGUUCGUUUCGCAACCCGGACCAAGUCCCAACAGUAUGGUUCAGCAACAGCAAACCGUAUUACCCGGUGGCUUAUCUCCGUUCACGGCUCAACAACAGCAAGGUCUUAACAGUCAUCCACCGGGAAUGACCCCUCCUUCGUCGCAACAGAAUGCUGUUCAGUUUCUGAACGGCCCUUCCAUUGCGGACAGUUCACCCAGUGGUUUGCAACAGUUCAACGACAUUAUGAAGGCCAAAUAUAAUGCAGGACAGGCGGCGGCAGCAGCCGCACAGAAUAACGCCAGUAUGACGGGCAUGACUCAAACCGUGACACCAUCAAUUCCUUCACCGUUCGGCAGCAGCGGAGGGAAUUCAAUGCAACAGCAGAACCCUACCUUCAACGGUAGUCAAAUGAUGAACUGCACGAGCAACAGUCAACAACAGCAGCAGCAGCAGCAACAACAAAGAAAUAGUUUAGGACAAAUGCCUUCAACUCCCACCAGCGGUGGAGAUUUGCUCAACUCAUCAGGCAACAGUGUUCCCAUACCGUCACCAUCGCCUAGUUUGACACCAAACGGACCAGUUCCUCCUCCACCGGUCAGUACACCGAACACACCGAACGUAUCGGCGUUGCUGGCGAAUGCACCGGAACCAACUCCUCCUCCUACAAUUUCAUCGCCGAUUCCCAUUUCGACACCGCCUGCUUUAGCUGGUUUAAACACUACCAACAGUGCGAGCGGGAUGGGAGCAGUUACAGCCUCUAUGGCAUCAUCAAUCACCAGCACAGCCUCCAGUGGACCAAUCACCACAACUACUGCUUCGUCAGGAUGCACCACAAGCACAACUCCUACCGCUAACGGAACCGCCAUUUGCAACAGUAGUAGUAGCAGUAGUGGGGCCAGCAUAGUAUCUAGCAUGAGUCGUUCCACUUCGUCAUCAUUGAGUUCCCAGAUGGCAGCACUGGAGGCGGCCGCUCGUGAUCAAGACGAAGACUCGCAACCUGGCAUGACCAACGGGGCCAACAAUUCCGGCAGUGAAUCGAACGCCAAAGGAGGCAAGUUGGAAUUGAAACAGGAACAGGAUAUCAAAUCCGAGCCAGACACCAACCACAUGGACACCUCGGACAGUGUCAACAUCGGCGGCGGAAAAGGUAACAGCGAUAGCUGCCCUAGCAUCAAACAGGAGAUUAAGACUGAACCGAUGGACAUUGGCGAGGGAGGUGAAGGUGAUAAGAACAGCAAGCUGGACGUUAUCAAGUGCAAGGACGAACCGAUGUCACCUUCCUGCAUGUCGAGCGCAACCACGGUGAACGCGGUUGUCAAAAGUGAACCGAAAGUCUUUCCAGAACCAAUCAAGUCGGAUGCAGCUGACAGUAAGAAAAAGUGCACAUUCAAACCGGAAGAACUACGUGAAGCCCUGCUACCAACUUUGGAGAAACUGGUGGCACAAGAUCCGGAAUCGAUGCCAUUCCGUAUGCCGGUAGAUCCGACGACGCUGGGCAUUCCGGACUACUUUGAUAUUGUUCGGAAACCGAUGGAUCUCAGCACGGUACGCAAGAAGCUCGAUUCCGGACAGUACUCCGAUCCAUGGGAAUACGUGGAUGACGUAUGGUUGAUGUUCGACAAUGCGUGGCUGUACAAUCGGAAGACAUCCCGCGUCUACAGGUAUUGCACCAAGCUCUCGGAAGUGUUCGAACAGGAAAUCGAUCCGGUGAUGCAGUCGCUAGGUUACUGUUGUGGCCGAAAGUACACCUUCAAUCCCCAGGUGUUGUGUUGCUACGGCAAGCAACUCUGUACGAUUCCACGGGAUGCCAAAUAUUACAGCUACCAAAACCGCUCUUUUGGACCACUAUCUACCAGAUACACCUACUGUCAGAAGUGCUUCAACGACAUUCCCGGUGACAUGGUCACGCUGGGCGAUGAUCCGAUGCAGACUCAAACUCAAAUCAAAAAAGAUCAGUUCAAAGAGAUGAAGAACGACCACCUGGAGCUGGAGCCGUUCGUUGAUUGUUUGGACUGUGGUCGGAAGCAGCACCAGAUUUGCGUGCUCUAUUUGGAGUCUAUCUGGCCGGGUGGAUUCGUUUGUGAUAACUGUCUGAAGAAGAAGGGUGCCAAGCGGAAAGAGAAUAAGUUCAAUGCCAAACGGUUACCCACCUCCAAACUCGGUACGUACAUCGAAACAAGGGUGAACAAUUUCCUGAAGAAAAAAGAGGCUGGCGCCGGAGAGGUGCAUAUUAGAGUCGUAUCCAGUUCGGACAAAAUGGUGGAAGUAAAGCCGGGUAUGCGUAGUCGGUUUGUGGAAAACGGGGAAAUGCUGCCGGAGUUCCCGUACCGAGCGAAAGCCCUAUUCGCGUUCGAGGAAGUGGACGGCAUCGAUGUGUGCUUCUUCGGUAUGCAUGUCCAGGAGUACGGCUCCGAAUGUGCGGCCCCAAAUACCAGGCGAGUUUACAUCGCCUAUCUGGAUUCGGUACAUUUCUUCCGGCCACGGCAGUACCGUACCUCAGUGUACCACGAGAUUCUGCUCGGCUACAUGGAUUAUGCCAAACAGCUGGGCUAUACGAUGGCACACAUUUGGGCCUGCCCGCCGUCCGAAGGCGAUGACUACAUUUUCCACUGCCAUCCGCCCGAGCAGCGCAUUCCGAAACCGAAACGGCUGCAAGAGUGGUACAAGAAGAUGCUCGACAAGGGUAUGGUUGAACGAACCAUUCAGGACUACAAGGACAUCCUGAAGCAGGCGAUGGAGGACAAGUUGCAAUCGGCUUCGGAGUUGCCCUAUUUCGAGGGUGACUUUUGGCCAAACGUGCUGGAAGAGAGUAUCAAAGAACUCGACCAGGAGGAGGAGGAAAAACGAAAGCAAGCCGAACGGGAAGAGGCGGCAGCUAAUGCGAUCAUGUCAAUGAACGACGAUAGCGACACCGGUGUCGAUGGGAAGAAGAAAGGCGGCCAAAAGAAGGCGAAGAAGUCAAACAAAUCCAAGGCGGCCCAACGAAAGAACAACAAGAAGUCCAACGAACAGAUCGGAAACGAUCUGAGCGCAAAGAUCUUCGCCACCAUGGAAAAACACAAGGAAGUAUUCUUUGUCAUCCGGUUACAUUCGGCUCAGUCGGCAGCUAGCUUAGCGCCCAUCCAAGAUCCCGAUCCUCUCAUCAACUGUGAUCUGAUGGAUGGUCGCGACGCAUUUCUGACGAUGGCACGAGACAAGCACUUUGAAUUCUCGUCGCUUCGUAGAGCCCAGUUCAGUUCGCUUUGCAUGCUGUACGAACUUCACAACCAGGGCCAGGAUAAAUUCGUCUACACUUGUAACAACUGCAAGAACCACGUGGAAACACGUUACCAUUGUACCGUUUGCGAUGAUUUCGAUCUGUGCAUCCAGUGCAAGGAGAAGGUUGGCCACCCACACAAAAUGGACAAACUGGGCUUCGAUUUGGACGACGGUUCGUCACCGACCGACAUCAAACAAACGAACCCACAGGAAGCACGCAAACAAUCCAUUCAACGGUGCAUCCAAUCGCUGGUGCACGCGUGUCAGUGUCGCGAUGCCAACUGCCGGCUACCGAGCUGUCAGAAGAUGAAACGGGUGGUGCAACAUACGAAGCACUGCAAACGGAAGACGCACGGUGGUUGUCCGAUUUGCAAACAGCUCAUUGCGUUAUGUUGCUACCACGCCAAGCACUGCCAGGAGGCUAAAUGUUUGGUACCAUUCUGUCCGAACAUCAAGCACAAGUUGAAGCAACAGCAGCUACAGCAAAGGCUACAACAGCAGCAACUGUUACGAAGACGUAUGGCCGUAAUGAACACAACCCGUGUCGGAGCACCAUCGUUGCCAAGCGUGCCAAGUAGUGCUGGACCGUCGGUUGCCGCCGGUGGUUUAAGCCCCGGACCUGGUAACAUGGGUGCUUCUGGUGGCAGCGUUGUCGGUGGAAUGGGCCCGACGGGAUUGGGUGGACCCGGUUCGGUUACGGGAGCCGCUGGUGCUGGCGCUGGCGGUGGUAUGAUAGGACCAGGUGGUGCCGGUGUUCUCGGGGCACCCGGUGGUAUGAGUCCUUCGGCAGCACCUAGCCCGGUGUCGCAAAUCGGCGGUAUGGGUAGUCCGCAUCCGCCAGGCUUAGGACUGAAACCCGAAGCGCAACCUCCACCGCCUAACGUUAUGCAAGCGUUGAAACAGGUUCAGGAGGAAGCUGCGCGUCAGCAGGCUCCGCAUGCCAGUUUCGGUAAAGUGAAUCCAGGUGGUGGUCCAAUGCCGCCGCCCGUUAUGCAACGUGCUAUGGCCGGUGCAGGACACAUGGGUGGUGUUGGUGGUGUCGCGGGAGUAGCUGGAAUGGGUGGUCCCAAUCAACAGCAACCGGGUGGUGUAGGAGUUCCAAUGGGUGCCGGUGGUCCCGUAGGUGGUGCCGGGCAGAAUGUUAUGGCCCAAAUAGAUCAAUGGGGAAACCCACGUUACCCGAAUACCGGUGGACAGCAAAAUCCACAAGUCAUGCGACCGAACCUGCCGGGUAUGAUGCCGCAAGGACAACAGCAACCACAACAACCAAAUCCUAUGCAAGGGGGAAUGAUGGGUGCCGGUGUCGGUAGCCAACAGAUGAUGGCAGGAAUGCGGCCCGGACCGGGAGGCGUAUGUAUUCAAGGCCCCGGUGGUAUGGUCGGUAAUCCACAGCAGGUCGGUCAACAGCAAGGGCAACCUUCACAGGGUCUUCCGACCAACCAACCGAAAGCGGCGAUUGCCCAGCUGAUGGCAACACUGAAGAAUCCUCAGGCGGGUCCGGAGCAACAGCAGCAGCUACUGUCGAUACUGAAGGCGAACCCGCAGCUGAUGGCUGCAUUUAUCAAACAGCGACAGCAAAUGGCUCAGAACCAACAAAACCAGAACCAAGGCGGAAUGAGUCAACAGCAGCAGCAACAACAACAGCAACAGCAGCAACAACAGUCGCACAAUGUGAUGCAACACGCCGGCGCCGGUGGUGUCCAGGGACAACAGCAAGGUCCAGGACAAAUACCUGGUGGCAUGUCGUACAAUCCGGCUGCUGCCGGUGGUCCAAUGGCACCGAAUCGGCUUCAAGGAAGCGUACAAGGGAUGGCCGGAGGUGGUAAACCAGGAGGCAACCCACAGAUGCAGUUACCGAUUCAACAACAGAUGUGGUACAAACAACAGCAGCAGCAACAACAACAACAGCAACAGCAGAUGAUGCUUCAGCGACAGCUGGCAAUGACUGGAGGAAAUAUGCAGCCAGCACCACCUUACCAACAACGGCCACGGCCUCAACAGCAGAUGGGCGUCGGCGGUUAUGGACAAGGUGGAAUGUUCCCCGAUCAGCAGCAAUAUAUGCAGCAAGGAUUGAAACCGAACCCACAGCAAGGAGCCGGAGUAGGAGUGAACGUGCUUUCACAGCAGUUACAACAGGGUCCCGGAGGACAGCCAGGUGGUGUGAUGGGUCCUCCAACGCCCCAACAUUCGAUGCAACAGCAGCUGAUGCAAACCGUUCGAUCGCCUCCUCCGAUUCGAUCUCCACAACCGCAACCUUCUCCACGAGCAGUUCCUUCACCGCGGGCACAACCGUCAGCGUCGCCCCGGGCACAACCAUCGCCGCACCAUUUGCCUUCCCACUCACCGGCACCAUCCGGACCCGGUGGUGAAAUGCACAACCAUAUGCAUCCACAUCAAUCUCCUGUCGGCGUCGGUGGUGGACCCGGAGGCGUCGGGGGCCCCGGCGAUCCCAAUCAAAUGGGCGGUGGUGGUGGCGGUGGUCCCAACGAUACCAGUCCACUGACCGCUCAGGAUCAACUCACCAAAUUCGUCGAGCAAUUGUAGUAGUAUCAUGUAUACUAGGGACACCCCUGCUAACUCUGUGAGACUCAAAAUAAUGAAUGGAGAACCAAGCCUUAUCACUCAUCUAUAUAAUACCAGGUAGGAAACAAUCAAUAUUGACCGAGCGAGAACCAAAUUAGGAUUGAAACCGCGACAACCCGCGAUGUAAAUAGCGAAGAUACGUUGUAAAUAAGCGCCCCGGUGUCCAUUGUUCAUAGAUUUAGCGAACAGGUGAAAAACAUGUUGUUUAUUUUAGUGACGAGCGCACGUUUCGUAGCACACUCGGAAAACGAAAAAGGAAAUCAUUUCGUUUUCCUUCAGUUUGCCUUUUUAGCUACCCACUGUCGUACGUUUGUUUUUCUUCUCCUGCGGCACUUUACGUGUGCGUGUGUGCGUGUUGAUGUGCUAAGCUUAUGGCGGUCCCAUUUUGGACCAUGAAGUAAGUAAUAGUAGACACAGUUCACCUCAAGUAUUUAUGGGUCACACACAACAACAACAGCAGCAGCAGCAGCAGCGAACAGAGCGAACGGCAUUGCGAAUUCAAACAUGCAAAAUGCAGUACUAGUUUUAAGAAAAGGACAUUAUGUAAAAAUGAUAACACAAAAAAAACCAUAACUAAAGGCUAAUGUGUAAGUUUGGACUAUUACUAUUAUUGAUUGUAGUAUAAAAUACGGUCGGGAACGGAGUGUAUCUCAAUCCCGGCGCCUCCGAAAAUAUAGGCACUUAUAAUUGGAUAGGAUCGCAUCUUUUAGUUAGGGAUCUGAAUGUAAAGCAAACCGAUGAUGUUUCGAUUUGUGUUAGCGAAAAGAAGCAAAAAAGUGAUUCUUUAUGAAAGAAGAAGUAGACGGAAGAGAAGAGUGACAUCAUCAGCGGAUUGAUAAUGUGAAUAGGUAGGACAAAUAAACCAUGAAAGUAACACUCAUAAUGGUAGUUGAACACAUACACAACAAGAAGAAACAAAGAAAAAAAAAAACAAAAAUCAAUUGCGAAGUACUAUUUCCUUAAGCAAGUAAAAAAAAAGCAACAAAAAAAAAUACGUUAACAUAGUGGUGUACCUAUUUAGUAAAACAAAACUAGUAUUGAUUUUAUAUAAAAAAAAUGAAAGACGAAAAACAUUUUCUGUUAAGUUUAGAUUAUUUUUCUUAUGUUACAGAACACUUGAAAAAAAAACAAACCGAUGCAUUUCCGUUCAAAGAUAUUUAUUUUUUCUCCACAUUGGAAGUAAUAUUGUGGUUGUUUUAUGUUACGGCGUGCUUGUGCAAAUAUUCGUGUUCUAGUGUAGGCUCUACGAGAAGCCGAGAAAUCUGUGCAGCGGAAAGAAGAUUGACAAACUGUUGUUGUUUGGAGAAAAAUUUUCUGGAUGAAAUUAUCAUCGAUUGGUGCUCGAAACGUGUAUGGUUUCGUACCUUUCGAAGGUUGUUCUAAAGCAUGAAUCUUCAAACGGGACGGGAGAGAGUGUGCAACCGAAAGGAAAGUCAUUUCACUAAAGGAAUCAUUUUGCCGGAAGAGAAAAUUUAAACGGAACGAAUUUUUCAACAGGAAAUGUCGUGCACAGGGCAUAAUUAUCACUUAAUUUUCAAAUAUGAUAACGACCGUAAAUGAAAUCCAAUAUUACUUUCGAGUCUGGUGAUAUCGUCAAUAAGAACGAUUGACUUACAGCCCGACUCUACUACUGUUGAUAGUGUUUUUUAUGAUUUUCAGACGAGAAACGUUGAUAUAUUUCUUUUGAUAAUUAUCAAAACGGGGAUACCUCGUUUGGAAUAAUCUCAUUUGACAUAAUGGUUUUUUGGCAUAACGAUCACUUGGUAUAAAAGAAAGUCUUUGAUACAGCUAAAAUCAUGCAUGUCAGUAAUAGUAAUCAGUUAGUACGCGUCUGGGAAACCCAUUUGAAAUUAUUUUGACUGUACCAAUAAUCGUGUUCUAGCCUCAGUAUUCUUAAUCACGUUCAGAUUUGUUCCAACACAUCGUAAGGAAUUUUAUUCGAAAACGACCUUAGCAUAUCAAAUGUUCUUGAGAUAUGUUUUUGAUUAAACUAAAAUUUCUUAGUGAGCAUAAUACUCAGUUCUAAUGGAAGCUACCUUCGAACAUGUCUUGAAUGUAGUCUCGUACACUGAGGUCUCUUAUUACGCGGGAGAUACGUACUGAGUAAAAAAAGCCGCGUAACUUCGGAAAUACGCGUAAAAAACGUUGCGUCACUUUUGGAAAUCCGCGUAAAAAACGUUGCGUAACUUCGGAAAUACGCGUAAAAUGUAAUCUGAAAAACAAUUUUUUUUUAUAUCAACUCUGGAACUUGAAAAAUUUUUAAGAUUUCCGAAAUCGAGCAUUUUUUUAUGCCAACUUUUUUAGAAAUGCAUGAAACUUUAAAAUAUGGUGCAAUUUCCAAGAAAAAUUUUAGGAAAAAAUACGACUUUGGACUUAGAGAAUUUAAGACCACGUAACUUCGGAAAUCCGCGUAAAAAACGUUGCGUAACUUCGGAAAUCCGCGUAAAAAACCGCAAAACUGAAAAAUAUUUUUUGAUGCCUGUUUUAAAAAUCCAUGAACGUCCAGAUCUGGUAUAAUCUGCAAAACAUUUUUUUUAUAUCAACUCUGGAACUUGAAAAAAUUUUGAGAUUUCCGAAAUCGAGCAUGUUUUUAUGCCAACUUUUUUAGAAAUGCAUGAAACUCUGAGAUAUGGUGCAAUUUCAAAGAAAAAUUAUAGGAAAAAAUACGACUUAGAGAAUUUAAGACCACGUAACUUCAGAAAUCCACGUAGAAAAACCCGCAAAAUUGAAGAAAUUUAUUUUUUGAUGCCAGAUGGCUUAGAAAUGCAUAAAACGUUCAGACCUGGUGUAACCUAUGAAAAAAAAUUCGAGAAAAAUCGACUUAGGAAAUUUUGAGUUAGGAACUUUUUUUUUUUAAUUUCCGAAAUCGAAAUUUUACUUUGAUGCCAAAUUUUAUAAAAAUUGUGUUAUGUAAAUUUUGAUGCCAAAUAUCUUAAAAAACCCAUGAAACGUACAGAUCUGUUGUAAUCUGAAAAAAAAAAUUUUGUUUUUCAGAAUCGACUUUGGAACUGAAAAAAUUCUGAGAUAUCCAAAAUCGAACAUUUUUCUUGCCAAAUGUUUUAGAAAUGCAUGAAACGUUGAGAUAUUCAGCCCUAUUCUGUACGUCGAUCGAUUCGAAAUAUUCCGAUCGAAUGUGCAAUUUCCAUUCUGCAUUCCGUUCGAGUUGGGUGUGAACUCGAAUAUCAUUCGAUCGAGUUGUUCAAUUUUCGAACAUUACUCGAUCGACGUGCAUACGUAUUACUUAUGUUCGGCUUAGAAUCGUUUCUAAUUUGUUUGUUAUACAAGUGUGACGGUUUCGUUCACAAAGGAACUAAUAAUAUAAAUAAUAUAGAACGUGUAAGUAGUGUUAACAGCUUUGAUGUUUAGUGUUCGAAAUUUCAAGUGUUCCCGAACGAGAGUCCAUCGAAUCAUACAAGUCGAACGGAAUGAAGAAUGCAAAAUUCGAACUCGAACGAAAGUGUAGAUUCGUUCGUAUCACAAAUCCGUCGGAUUGCAGAAUCGGGGUGAUUGUGUAAUCUCAAAGAGAAUUUUUUGGAAAAAAUACGACUUUGGAAUUUAAGACCGCGUGCGCAACUUCGGAAAAAAAAUGCAUGAAACGUCCAGAUCUGGUGUAAUUAAAAAAAAAUUGAAAAAAUCGACCUUGAAACUUAAUUUUUUUUUGAAAUUUCCGAAAUCGAACAUUUUUUUAUGCCAAUUUUUUUAGAAAUGCUUGAAACUUUCAGAUAUGGUGUAAUUUCAAAGAAAAAUUUUAGGAAAAAAUACGACUUUGGACACGGAAAUCCGCGUAGAAAAAACCACAAAAUUUAAGAAAUUUAUUUUUCGAUGCCAAAUAUCUUCGAAAUCCUUAAAACGGUCAUAUCUGGUGAAAUCUCAAACAAGUUUAUUUAAAAAAAAAAUCGGCUUUGGAACUAAAAAAAAAUGUGAGAUUUUCGAAAUCGAACAUUUUUUUUGCCAAUUUUUUUGAAAGGCAUGAAACGUAGAGAUAUGGUGUUAUCUCAAAGCAAAAAUUAUGGAAAAAAAUACUUAGAGAAUUUCAGACCACUUAAUGUGAUAAAAUUUCUCAUCAAAAAGUUAACAUGUAUGCUGGCAACCCGGUACAGUUUGCUCAUAUACGAGAGAGUGCAAGAGAAAUACGAUGCGCAAAGGGAAUUGAGCGAGCCACGUGGUCGAUUUAAAACUCAACACGCGACCCUCUGUCCUCAGACCUUAAGUUUCAGGAAGCAUAACAAUGAAAAGGUAUAUAAAUAUUCAUUGUCUCCCUUUAUGGGCUUCUCUGGACGAGGGGGGGAAAGGUAUAUAAAUAUUCAUGUAACUAAAAAUAGUAUAAAAAAUUCGAAUAUUGACGAAAUAUUUCACGAACACGAAGAUGAUUGAUAAGGCAGGGCCACAUAACCGGAGCAAAAAUGAGCGGCAAAACUGUAAUCGACUCGUUUAUUCAGUUUACUCAAAGCUAGGUUUCUUUGCGUUAGCUAGUUUCGAACGUGCGGAAGCGAGAUCGGACAGCACACGAACUAAACGGACGCGGCGACCGCGCAUUAGACUUUUUUUUCAUUUUGGCUCAGUAACCCGCAAAAAAUAGCCCAAAAAAUAUCCUGGUAGAUGCUUUUAGGCUUAGUAGUUGCUAAAUUUUACCCGUUUUCCUAGAAACUCCAUUCUGAGGAUUAUACAUCAAUAUUAAAAAAUCAAUCAAAACAUUAUUCUUUCUGAAUUAAACAACAGGGAAACGAAUGUAUUUUAGAUACACGAUUUUAGGUCAACAAAACGGGCGUAGAACUUAUCAUAUUUCAUUUUUCUUGAUUUGAAAUCAACUUCAAUACCACAUUAUGACAACUAUUCUAUUCGACGAAAUGACCCUUUCGAUGAAAUGGCACUCGACGAAAUGUCCCUUUCGGUAAAAUGACUUUCGAUGAAACGGCUUUUCGGGAAAUGAUUCUAGCUUAUUCAUGGUGAAACUCAAACUAGUAGGUUUAUUAUUAGUCCAGAAAAGCAACUCAAUUUGGUCGGUCUUAUUUUGUUUUGUGACUGACUUUGGUUGUGUAGAACCAAUCCUCUUCAGCUGUGUGAUGACUAUCAAUAGUAAGCUGUAGCAGCAUAGAAAUUUUUUAAUCAUUUAUUUUUAACCGCGGCUUUAACUUAGUUGGUCGUUCACCGGGGAAAGAAUUUUAAGUGUUAUAAUAGACCAUUAAGGUUUGAUUAUGCGGCGCGAUUGAAAUUGUUCGUGGGCUUUACGUCAGCAGUGUCAAAAACUUUUUACUUUUUUGCAUAGCCCUUUUCGGAACACACUAAAAGUAUUGAUUUACAACUAAGGUUUUUUCUUAUCUUAGAAGGAAAAAUUCCUAAUACAAGCCGUCAAUUUUCCAACCAACGAAACAGAUUUCUUAAAACACUCAGAAUCCCAGAAAAAAAUGUAACUCCUAGAAGUGAUAGGAACUGAAUUGUUCUGUGUGUCAUUCAUGAUAUCAGCACCGUACAUAUUAUAAUUGUGGUCACCUAGCCAACGGGCAGCAGAAGAAAGAAGGGGGGAAGAUGAAGCGAACGAACGAUCCCUCGAAACCAAAAGGAGGACACUAUUUUUUACUAUAGGAAGAAUGGCUGUGUUUCUGUUUUUGUGUUAGGGAACAACACGAGCGAGUGUUGUAGAUAUAUCAACCGGAAAAUAAUGUUUCCUUUUGUGCUCGCUGGUUGCGGAUUAUUGUUUCGCGUGAUUCUGACCUCCCCCCCCCCCCCCCCUUCCCGGCUUGGUAGGGCGUUUAAAUUUAAACUAUUUUUGCCACUAUCAAAUGCUGAUUAGGCAAGUGAAGCGUGUGUGUAAAAUAAAUUGUAAAUAGUGCUAAUGUUUUUUUUCUACUUAUGUAGUACUGCGAAUAAUGCUUUGCUGCUUUGUUAUUUUUGUUUUUCUUUUUUCAUAUUGGGCAAACCAUUUAGUAUAAUUUCUUUCCAGCGAAAGUAGAACGUAGUAAGAUCUCCAAACAAGUAAGCAAAAAAAAAAUAUUCAAAUAAAACAGAAGUGAUCACGGUGUAACUUAAGUAUGUGUGUCUGUCCGUCUUACUGGAAUCGCGGAAAGAGUGCGCCAAUGAUCCGCGAAUUGUGCAAAUAGUGCAAAACGUUUGAUUGGUCUGAACGAGAUUCGAUUCAAGGUUAGGCUUUCAAAUGACGAGUCGUCCCGGGAAGUGGCUUUCCCUGGGGCAGCGUUCUUUUUCGGGUCUACUGUCCGGUUUGCAGGACCGCCGCUCAGGAAAACAGGUACACGUCCGCUGUAAAUAGGCAAAUUAAGAAGAUUUUUUAACUGUACCAUCUAAAAGAUGUGUAAUUUAAACGUGGUUCGGUGUAACAAAAAAUGAAAGUUAUGAAGAAGAAAAAAAUAUCAAUUUAACGGUUCUCUAUUGUAAUAAAAACGAAACUAUUGUCUUGAAGUAUUAAUAUAUUUAACUAAUUUUUAGUUAAGGAAGGAAACAGAAGGGGGGGAUAGAACCCCCCUUGUUCCGUUCUAGUGCAAAUCAAGUUUCAUACAAAGUAUCAUGAUGACGGUUUUCCGUUUCCUCAAAGCAAAA